AUGCACAUAUGUGCUACUUCAACACGAAUCGACAUUAAUGAUGGCCAGGUGCAAACUUCCGUCAAUACGAUUGAAGACAACCAUCUUAAACUCGAAGUGAACGCAUUCGGAGUAGGAGCCAGAGUUGCACAAUUAAUUUCCACUAACACAAGCAAUAAAUACUCAACUACCAGACUCGCUGAAGCGGUAUCUUCAUAUUCUCGGAUUCUCAGAUACCGCUGGGGCGGUAUACACAACCGACAACUCGAAAGACUAGCGGAUAAUCGUCUGAAGGAGAUCCGGAACAUCAUAGGAGCACUACGUUCGGAAGACGUGACAGUCGAAUUCCGCUAUGUCCCGACCACAGAAAAUCCAGCCAAUGCUGGUACUCGAGGAUUGACCAAGAGUUCCAGGAUAAUCCAGGACAAAUCUAAAUUUCUACGUUAG